GCCCGCCCGCCGUGAGGGAGCGGCGGCACCGCCGGCCCCCUCCGCCCCUCCUCCUUCUCCUCCGCCUUCUCCUCCGCCUCCUCCGCCCUUCCCCUUGCCCCUCCUCCCGCCGGAGCGAGCGAGCGAGAUGGCGGCCGCUGGGGCUCUGGCGAAGCACGAGCAGAUCCUGGUGCUCGAUCCGCCCACCGACCUCAAAUUUAAAGGUCCCUUUACAGAUGUAGUAACUACAAAUCUUAAACUACGAAAUCCAUCAGAUAGAAAAGUAUGCUUCAAAGUGAAGACCACAGCACCUCGUCGGUACUGCGUGAGGCCAAACAGUGGAAUUAUUGACCCAGGAUCAUCUGUAAUUGUUUCAGUAAUGCUGCAGCCUUUUGACUAUGACCCAAAUGAGAAGAGUAAACACAAGUUUAUGGUACAAACAACCUAUGCACCACCAAAUAUUACAGAUAUGGAGGCAGUGUGGAAAGAAGCGAAACCUGAUGAGUUAAUGGACUCCAAAUUGAGAUGUGUGUUUGAAAUGCCCAACGAAAAUGAUAAGCUGAAUGAUAUAGAUGCAAGCAAAUCCGCCCCAGUACUGAACACAUCUAAACAGGAUGGACCGAUGCCAAAACCACAUAGUGUUUCACUUAAUGACACUGAAACAAGGAAGCUUGUGGAGGAGUGCAAAAGACUUCAGGCAGAGAUUAUGAAGCUGACAGAUGAAAAUCGGCACCUGAGAGAUGAAGGCUUGAGGCUCAGAAAGGUAGCGCACUCGGAUAAAUCUGGAUCACCCACAGCUUUGGCCCUCAGAGAUAAUGGCUCUAAUUCUCUUCCUUCACUUCUUGUUGUAAUUGCAGCCAUUUUCAUUGGAUUCUUUCUAGGGAAGUUCAUCUUGUAGAAAGAAUGAGUGAGAGAAGCAUGCAAAACUGCAGCUUCCUUUUUUGUUUAUUUUUUUGUUUGUUUUGUUUUGAUUUUUUUUGUUUUCUCUUGGCCAGAAAAAGGUUUGUUUACCUACCACAUCAUGGGUAGUACGGCCCGAGCGGCCGUUUUUGUGUACAGCAUCAUAACAGGCUUGGCCUUUAAUGAUCUCGCACGGUUAGAAAACACAAUCUGAAAAGACAAACUGUUCAGCUGCUGGACAAAAUUGUACAUUCAGUCAUCAAUAGCAGGUAUCUGUUGCACAGUCAGUCCUUUAUGAAAAUUCAUAAAUAAAGAAUUGUUCUUUCUUUCUGUGGUUUUAAUAAGAAUUCAAAAAUUGUUCAGAGUCUUGUAAAUGUUAUUUUAAUAAUCCUUUAAAAUUUUAUCUGUUGCUGUUACCUCUUGACAAAUGAUUUAUUAGAUUGCUAAUCCCACUCAUUCAGGAAUAUGACAAGAGGUAUUAUGGGGGAAAUGGUGCCUCUUACUGUGUAAAUUUUCUCCUUACCUUACUUUGCUAAUAUCAUGGCAGAAUUUCUUUCUUAUUCCUUGUGAGGCAUUGUUGAGAGUUCUUCAUCCUUAACAGUCCUGUCCCAUAAUAUUUAACAUGACAAAAGAAAUAAAAUUGUUAACAGAUUUUUCUGCUGGGUAGCCUGUUUGUGUGUGUCGUGCUUUUAGAGGGGAUUCUUAACAAGUUCAUUGUUCAUGGUAAUUUGCUACUUGUAACAAAUGGCUAUUUUGAAGUUUAUUUGCUUAAGUCUCUGGCUUUGACUGUUGUAAUUGAAGCUUGGGGAAAAAAAAAGUUUCCAUUCCAUUUGUUGAAAAAAACUAACUGUUUUCUGGCUGCUUUCAGCUACGAAGAGGAUGGUUAUCAAACUUGUUUUGGGACAGAAUAAUUUGGAUAUCCAGCAGGUGCAAAUGCCAGACAUGAAUGUUUUCAAUAUAUUAACAAUUUACUUGGAUUGUGCAGGAGUGUAAUAAUCAACCUUCUGUUCCAUCUUUGGAUCUUCUGGUGUCUUCCAGGAGUCAACAUUAUUCUUUGAUUUCUUAAGGGUACUUAAUUCCCAUAUAUUAACUUACUGAGUUUGUAAUUCUGUCUUAGCAAAUAUUAAAAAAUGCAAGUUGAAUCAUUCAGACACCUGUAGUGAAUUCCAUGAUGCAGAAGAGUUGAUAUUUGCUGAGUUGUUCACCUUUUGCUCAGUUGCUCACCUUUGGGAAAUAAAAGUAAUUUUAUGCAA